UUCAAUGAGAUGCCCGCCGUGUGCGCCUCACGUCAGUUCGCUGCCUACCUCCGUCCAGUCCGCACCACUCUUCCAGCUGUCCACCCUCCUCCCUUUUUACCGGCUUCUCCAAGGAGUUGUUCUGGUAAGCUUUUUCACUCGUCGUCCUGCUGUUGGGAGUGUUAUUGGGUGAAGAACACAAUCUAAGGACUGUUGUUUAUCUGGCUCUCCUUUGUGACCCAGAGUUAUUUUUUGGUUGCAGAGUUUUUCUCUGGCAAUGGACUGCUAGAAACUCCAAGACAAACUUCCUCGUCUUCAGCCAGCAAGCGCCCCAGCGGGGAGAAAGCUCCACUUGCAGGGGAGGAGAAAAGGAAGAAAGACAGACAGAAGGACAGUGCUGCCAAUCAUGGGGCUUGCGCUUCGCCACCCUCUGCUGCCGGCACUAGUCAGGAUGUAAACACUGCGCCCCUGUCAGCUGAUUGCGUCGCCAGGGACGACCAGCUGGAUCGUCUGAGUAUGGUCAUCAGCGGCCUGAUCGCAAAGCUGGAUGCUAACACGUCUGCCACCGCCUCUGUGGGGAGUGGUGCCAAGUUUAGUGGCUUCACUGUGCCCUCCUCGGGUGAUGAGGAGGGCGAACUCCUGGAGAGUGCUGCCGAUCCCUUAGAGGAGUUGGAUUUGCUUGGUGGUGGAUCCCCAGCCCACACUGCAGCAGAUGGUGACAACGCUGACUUUCUUCGUUCCCUGGAAGAGUUGUCUGGUCACUUCCACGGGGAAGAAGAGAAGGGUGAGCCUCUGUCUGAGCACCUGGCUACCAUCCUGAAUGCCAGCUUGCGGCGCAGACCAUCUGCUGAUGGUGUGAAGGCUACAUGUGGAAAAAUAAAACUCUCCAGUAAUGUGCCGAACUUGACUGUCCCAGCUACUAACACAGCCAUUACUGACGCCAUGAGUGCUGGCGGCAAACUCAUAGACUUACGUCUCUUCCAUACUAAUGGACUGAUCUCCAAGGCCCUAGUCCCAGUGGCACAGUGCAUUAGUGACAUUGGAGAAGGAAAGGGGAAGCCUGUCUCCUCUUACUUGGAUGGGCUGAAUAAUAGCCUUAGGCUCCUGGCCUCAGCUGUUAAUUACGUGAAUCAGCUGUGCAAGGGUGUGGCUAAAAUUCAUGUCAAUGACUCGGCACUUGCCGAAUUGUGCAAAUGGGACUGAAGGUGGAGGGGAAGAUUUAUUUCCCUUUGAUGUCACGAAGAAGUGUGACGAGAUUCGCCGAACAAGGAAGCUGGGGAGGCCUUCAUUCUGCCCCCAUAGGACUUGUGCUUCAAGGAGGUUUGCCCCAUACAGCCAGUCCUUCGGGCAUUCUAGCAACCCUCCACAGUCAAGGCUGAGGUCUACUUCUAGGCCUUUUUUAGGGCAGAAGCCUCCCCAGGAGAAGGGGGUGCGGCUUUACAAGAAUCGCCAGUAGGCACUUUGUCAAUCAGCAUCAUCUAGUAAAGUGGCUUUGAAGUUGCCUCUCUCCACCAUUUUGUCCACCGUUGGCUGUUCCAGAGAGUCUACUUUUGCCAAGUUUUAUAAGAGACCUUUGGAGGACCAUGGGCGGUUUGCCACAGCAUUUCUGACUGCUGGUGAUGAAGACUAGACGUGGAGGUUCCACGUAUGAGACCCCGUUUUUGUAAACACUUCUGUUUAGCUGUGUUGUUGCUUGACAUUAUAUUCAUUUGUUGUUUGGUUUGUUUUUUUCUACUACACACAAUCUGUUCUGGUGUGCAUCGAAUAUAUGGUGUAUUAUGUUGCAUUACAUGUGAUUCAACUCUGGGA